GUUUAAAACGGAACUUAACAAAAAUAGCUUGGGUCAUCAUAACAACAUUUUUAAAAAGGUUAAAAGGAUCAGGAGCGCAUUUACGACGAACCAAAUAAUGUAUUUAGAAAAUGAAUUUCUAAAAUCACCGUAUGUUGGUGUCGUAAGCCGUAAAGAGAUCGCAAACAAAUUGAAUAUACCCGAGAGAGCUGUAAAGGUAUGGUUUCAAAACCGUAGGAUGAAAGAGAAGAAAGAUAUUGCACAUCGACCUGUCACACAAUACCAACAUAAUAAUAAAACGGGACAUAAUGGUUUUGUUAAUGAUCAAUUAAGUAAUAUGGAGACAUUGCAAUCAAAUAACAAUCUAUGUUCACAUUCCGUCUUACCGCAACCGAAGUCAAAAACAAGUUUAAACGAUUCCGCUAUUGAUAAUUUACUCAAGAAAAAUCAUAAACAAGUUUCCAAUACAACCAAGAGCGUGGAAAUUGAGAGUAAAUCAACACAUGACGAUAUAACAUCACAUAAUUUUCAAAACAGUAUGAUAACAAGCAGCAGCAACGAAGUUAAACGCAACCCUGAAGUAUCAAUAGAGUUGCUAAAAAAAUAUAAAAACUAUAUACACACUAACUCUAUGAAAAAGGCAGUCAAAAAUAAAACUCUCCAUCCAAAACACAGCGAAGUUAAGAAGCGUAAGUUAAAUACCCAAGGAAUGGAGCGAAAAACCCACGGUUCUGUUCCUCGGACAGCGCCAUCUAUUGUCAAACAGCAAACAAUUACACAAAUUCCUUCCGGAUACAUUCCUUUAUAUCCUCAACAACAUAGUCAACAAUAUCCAUCAUCUGGAAACUUAAUAUGGAAACCAAUGGGCCCAGCGGACAUGUCUAUGUGUGAUUUCGCCUUCCUUCCUAACCCACAUACAAUAUCCCAUCCACUUCCAAAAUCAAAUAAUAUGCAAAAAAAUCAAUGUUCGUGUAAUUGUCAUAUGAAUCCUCAAUCAAAUACAAUAGCAUUUUCACAUGAAAUUCCACCGCAAUAUGUCAUAGCGGUGCCUUUUCAUAAACCGCCUGUUCAGUUUAGAUCCCCCAUUUAA